AAGCUGGGAAUUGGACCAGAGACUCUUUUGGUCUCAGUCCAAUCUUUCUGUCAUCGCCGGAAAAGCACACCAUGUGGCUCAGCUAACUAGCAAGAUGUCCUCGCAGCAGAGGUUGUCAUCACUUUGAAGGCAAAUGGGGUUAGAAUGAGCCCUGCCGCCUCAUAGCAAACAUCGAGACACUGCACCCCGUGGGUCCAGAUGCCAUCCUGUCGACAUCCAGAAGCAACCUUUUCAUGGAAGCUUCCCAUCUAUAUUCUUGCUUUUCAUAAUGGGUCUAUUUUGAGAAAGGAACUGGCCACCUCUCCUUUCUUAACCUCCUGAAAUCCAUGAAGUCACCAUAAGUCAACAACCAACUAGAAGGUACAUACACAAGAUCUGACCUUGGUGACGUUUCCACAAAUGAUGCAAGCUAGAACUUCCAGGUGAAGGGAAAGGAUUCCUUUGUUGGAUUGUCACUCCCAAGAUGCUGGUAAUCCAAAAAGAAGAGGUUUCCCCAAAGUCAAAAAUACUACUAAAGCAUACCAUGUGUUGUAGGCAAUAUUUCAGAAACAAAACCACUUGUGCAUAUUCCUUGCCUAAGAAAAUCCUAUGAAUUUCAGGCAGUCACCGUAAGUGGACAGAUGACUUAAAGCAAUGAUGGGCAACCUUUUGCGCUUGGUGUGCCAAAAUUCACCAAAAAAACCUAGCAUGACUUGAGUGGUGUGUCACUUCGAGAAAAAAAAACAUAAUUUCACAAUAUGUAUAGUUUAAAUAACAAAAAUGUAUAAUUGUAAUAUAUAACUGUAUUUAAUAAAUCAAAAACUAUUUACUACCAUUAUUUCCAUGUACAACAAUCUAUGGUACCUCUUGCAGUUUCCAUGCUGAUUUCUCUCUAUUGUAGUUUCAAUGUAGUCAUGAAUAAUGAAUAAUAUAAUAAUAACUAGCUGUGCCCGGCCACGUGUUGCUGUGGCGAAGUAUGGUGAUAUGGGAAAUAAAGUAUUGAGGAAUUGGUGGUAGUUAAGGUAAAGGGUCCCCUGGGCUGAGUGGGUUGCUAGGCAACCAAGUGAACAGAGCUUAGCCUUCUAACUGGCAGCAAUUGGAUAAAAACAAUUAUUCCUCUCCCUCUAAUUAGGACUUUAUUUUUAUUGUUUUCUUUUUGUUGUAUCAACCUAGAGGCAUGGAUGAGGGGUUGUGCUGGCAAGUUUCGAGGUUGUGGGGUGUUUACUUUUGUUGUUUUGUCCGCUGCCGUGAUGCCAUCACUCUUUUAUAUAUAUAGAUAUAAUAUUAAUACAGUAGAGUCUCGCUUAUCCAACAUAAAUGGGCUGGCAGAACGCUGGAUAAGCGAAUAUGUUGGAUAAUAAGGAGAGAUUAAGAAAAAGCCUAUUAAACAUUAAAUUAGAUUAUGAUUUUACAAAUUAAGCACCAAAACAUCAUGUUAUACAACAAAUUUGACAGAAAAAGUAGUUCAAUACAAAAUAAUGCUAUGUAGUAAUUACUGUAUUUAUGAAUUUAGCACCAAAAUAUCACGAUGUAUUGAAAACAUUGACUACAAAAAUGCGUUGGAUAAUCCAGAACGUUGGAUAAGCGAAUGUUGGAUAAGUGAGACUCUACUGUAAUAUGAUAAUAUACUACAAUAAUAAUAUAAUAAUAGAAUGAUAUAAUGAUAACGUGUGUGUGUGUGUGUGUGUGUGUGUGUGUGUGUGUGUAAAUGUAAUGUGCAUAAUUCCCAUGGAGUAAACAACAAAACCACUGGACCAAAUCACACCGAAUUUGGCCACAAAAGACAUCAUCAUCCAAUCAAUCUGCAUGUGGCAGCAAAAAUGGCUAGGCGUGUUAGUGCUGACAUGCGUGUCAUAGGUUGGCCAUCACUGACUUAAAGGCUCAUACAGACACAGACACACAACACCACAAGAAACAUUCCCACUGCUAUCCUAUACAUCUCCAUUUGGGUUUUAAACUCUUUCAUAUAAAAAAGCAUAGCCACAGACUUUUCCAGCAACUUAAUAAUGUUUAAGUUCAACAAUUUAAUGAUGUUAUAGAUAACUAGAACGGCUGCAGCACAAAUAUUUAUUCAGCAACAUCUCAUUUUCUGGAUACGCUCUCUUAUGGUGUAAUGGGAAUAGAAGCGUAGGUAGCACACAGUUUGCUCACAGCAGGCACAUGCUGAGGCUGGCGUUUCUCCCAAACAGCAAAAUUUGUUGUUAUUAUGUGCCUUCCAGUUGGUUCUGACUUAUGGCAAUCCUAUUCUAGGAUUUGCUUGGCACGAUUUGUUCCAAAGAAGAGUUGCCAUUGCCUGCCUCUGAGGCUGAGAGAAUGUCAGUUGCCUAAGGAUUAUUAUUAGUAGGAUGAUUAUGUUUAUUAUGUUUGUUUAUACCCUGUUUGGGUUGCUGUGAGUUUUUCGGGCUGUAUGACCAUGUUGCACAGAAGCGUCAAAGGGGUAGGAUAAAAAUGUCUGGCUAAUCUAAAUGAAUUCAAGUCUCCAGGGGGGAAAAAACUGGAGCAGAUCAAUUAAGAGGCAAUCUAUAAGCACUAAAAUAAUGUGAUCAUUAAAAAUCAACAUGAUUUUCUCAAAAAAAAAAUCUGAUCUCUGUUUUAUAUGGAGUUAUAAAGCUUGGUAGACAGAUGAAAUAGUGUGAAUUUCACUGACCGAAAGGUCAUGAGUUUGAAGCCAGCCCGAGUCAGAGUGAGCACCCGACCAUUUUUUAAAAAUAGCCCAGGUCAUUGUUGACCUAAGCAACCCAAAAGAUAGUUGUAUCUAUCAAGUAGGAAAAUUUAGGUACCACUUAUGCGGGGAGGCUGAUUAAACUAAUUUAUAACACCAUAAAAAUCGCCCUGCAGCGUGCAGAAAAGGAAUGAGGAAGCAAUCCAUCAAAGGACUUGGUGUCACAGUGGAUGAUGAAGCAGCAGCUCCCCCUGUGGCCGGAAUCGAGUAUACCCUCAAGAAGCCUGGAAGCUGGAGAAAGUUAAAAAGCCUCUGUGUCUUUGUCUCUCUCUGUCUGUAUGUCUAAUGGCAUUGAAUGUUUGCCAUGUAUGUGUACAUUGUGAUGCGCCCUGAGUCCCCUUCAGGGUGAGAAAGGCGGAAUAUAAAUACUGUAAAUAAAUAAAUAAUAAAGCUUGAUGCUACUUUAACUGCCAUGGCUCAAGGCUGUGAACUCAUGUUAACUAAGGUCUUUAGCCGUCACUUUCAAGCUCUUGACCCCUAGUCUUGACAAGCACAUGGUACCAAUGAGGCCAUGGACUUUCCACUCUUAAAGUUUCUAUUUUUGAAAUUCAACUUGAGGAAAUAAUUUUCAGCUAGAAAGCUUAAUGCAUGGUGACUUAGAUGCCUCCAGGUGCCUCCUUCCACCCUGCUGAGAUAUGCAAGGAAUGCAAUGGGUCAUUAUUUGUACGCAUUGAAACCAAUGGACCCAGAUACACCCAACUGGAGAGAGCUGGUUCGGGUGAGCAAAUGAGUGAUAAUGUUUUAGCAAUAUCUCAUCCAAAAUGAGGCCCACCUCAUUCUUUAUCUGCUUAAUUCUGCUAAAUUGCCCUCACCGAAAGGUCAACUGUUGGGAUUAAAGGUGGAGGCUUUGUUUGUGUAUUACUAUUGGUAUUGUAUGGUUCUCCAGCAGAUCCUCCCAACCUCACGUGGUGGGACAGUUCCAAGACCUAUAAAGCAACGCCAAAAAGAAAGGAUGCCCCAUUUUCUGCAUAAGCUUUGCAUUUAACAACAAUGAAGGUUCUUCUGAUCUGUGUCUUGGCUGGAAGCUUCUUCAUAGAGCCAACCGGCUCAUUGAGGUGCUAUACAUGCAACACCCAGGUCAACAACGCCAACUGCCAAGCAAUGGUAAAUUGCGAGGGGAAUGCAAAAGCCUGCAAGACCGACGUGGUUGGUGUGGUGGGCCUCUUCAAUGUCAUCUCCAAAGAGUGUUCUUCAGACUGUGAACCCUACUUCAAGGACUUCACUGUGGGCAAGAGGAACAUCUCCUGUUGUGCUGCCGAUCUCUGCAAUGUCAACGGAGCCCAGGGCUUUGGCACGAACUACAAAGCCCAAGCGUCUUUGGCUCUUUUCACCAGCUUGGCCAGUCUCCUUCUCCGGAGUUGACUGUGAGGGGCAAUUGAUGGGGGAAGCACAUAACGUUGCAGAAGAGAAACUCAGUCUAGAUUAUUUCCAAUUAAAACUGCAUUGCAUUCAAAACCACAAUAUUUAAAGUUCCAGAUCUGUCACAUGAUAUCAAAAUACACUUUAGAGCUACAGAUAAGAGAAUGGUGGCAUUUCUUUGUGUACCAAUAUAAGAAAAAGCACCUGACCAUUCCAUGGGAUGAUGCAGAUUUUCAUCUAAAGUUGCUUUCAGAUUGAUACCUUUUAAACUGUCUGGCUCAAUGCUAUGAAAUCCUGGGGUUGUUCUUUGGUUAGGCAACAGUCCACUUUGGCAGAGAACGCUAAAGACCUUGCAAAACUACAACUCCUACCAUUCCAUGGCAUUCUUCCAUGACAGUUUAAGUGUAGUUGCAACCAUACUGUUGGGUUUUCCCAAUGGGCAUUUGCCUUUAUCAGGUUGUGGUCCAUUAUAUACUAACCAUCUGAGAAAACUCUUGAGUCUAUGUAAGGAAACCAUCAAUGGAGGCUUAGCUUUUGCAGUUUGAAAACUCAAAAUUGUAUGGUCUGGUUCUUUCAUGAGAUAUUGGUGUCCAUGUUAUCCAAUCAGAACUCUUCCAUACUCCUUCAACCUCCUUGUCUCCAACCUAUGGAAUCCUGGGUUUUGUAGUUUUAUGAAAUAUUUAGAAUUCUGUGCCAGAGAUAAUACUAUAGUUCAAGGGAGAAGAAUGGAUGUUUCCAAAAUCUUUAUCAAAUUACAAAUCACCAGACUUGUCAAAAGUGGUAUCAGAUUGCUCUAAACUGUGCAAUAUGGGUACCUCUCUGUGUUCUCCAAAGCAGGUGAAAUAUAUGUGUAAUGAAAUCUGAAUCAUAUUAUUAGUCCCAACUAAAGGAAACUAAUUCCAUCAAUAGGAUUAACUACCAGGUUGACUCACCAUGGAUGAUGAGCUGGCUUGUCCACCAUGGCUUUGUAGGAGCUCUCCAAGGUGCUGAUUUUUCAGACCACCUAUUCAGCACUUUGGAUGGCUUCCAUACCUUUGACCAUUUUGCUUGCUCUUCUCUGGACCCCUUCCAUCUUGUCCAUCUCCUUCUUGAAUGACAUUUACUUGUUUGGAUUGAGCUUUGUGGAUGCAAAGAAGUAUAAGUGAGCUAUAAAUAAAAUCUUUAUGCACACAGGA